AUUAGGUCCGGAUGAUAAUUAUUGUAUAAUAUUAUUUGAACACUUCUUUAUAUAAAUUUUAAAUAGAUCAUAAAAUAGUAUACAUUAUCUUUGUGAUUUAUUUAAAAAUAUCAAGAAUCAAAUAGAUAAUAGUUAUGAUAUGAUAUCAAUUUAGUAAAAGGUAACCGUCAGUUCUUUAGUAGUAAGCAAACUAACGGGACAUAAUCAAUAACCAAACAAUACUAUCGGUGGCGAAUCAGUUCUCCCAUAACUGUUGGAAUAAAUCUAUGUUUUAGUGCUGGUGUAACUUACGAAUCAAUACCACGCUUAUCUCUACGGCAAAUAUAUUUAAUAUAUUUAGGAAAUGGAGCCUCUUGCAUCAGCUUUUAAAUCCAUCGGUUCGCGGUUCAUAAAUAGACCAUUUAAAAUAUCGCAAGUAACUCGCGGAAUUACAUCGCAGGAAAUUUUUACUAGAGAAGACAAGUAUGGAGCACACAAUUAUCACCCGCUACCUGUUGCAUUGUGCCGUGGGGAAGGUGUUUUCAUGUGGGACGUCGAGGGAAAGCGGUAUUAUGAUUUCUUGAGCGCUUACUCUGCAGUUAAUCAGGGUCAUUGCCAUCCAAGAAUUUAUAAAGCUAUGAUAGAUCAAGGAAAAAAGUUAACUUUGACCUCCAGGGCUUUUUAUUCUGAUGCUCUUGGAGAGUUUGAGGAAUUUAUUACUAAACUAUUUGGGUAUGAUAAAUGGCUACCAAUGAACACUGGAGUAGAAGGAGGCGAAACAGCUUGCAAGUUAGCACGCAAAUGGGCUUACAAAGUCAAAAAAAUUCCUGAUAACAGUGCAAAAAUAUUGUUUGCUGAGAACAAUUUCUGGGGACGAACACUGAGUGCAGUUUCUUCAAGUACAGAUCCUACUUGUAGCUCUGGUUUUGGCCCAUUUAUGCCAGGCUUUGAAAUAGUACCUUAUGAUGACUUAAUUUCGCUGGAAAAAAAGCUCAAAGAUCCGCAAGUUUGUGCUUUUAUGGUUGAGCCAAUUCAAGGAGAAGCAGGUGUUGUUGUUCCUAAAGAUGGUUAUCUAAAAAAAGUGAGAGAGUUAUGUACAAAGUACAAUGUACUCUGGAUCGCAGACGAAGUACAAACAGGGUUGGGAAGAACUGGAAAACGUCUUGCAGUUGAUCAUGAAAAUGUCAAGCCGGAUAUUUUGAUCCUUGGGAAAGCAUUGAGUGGCGGUUUUUACCCCGUUUCUGGAGUUCUGGCUAACGAUCCAGUGAUGCUGUGCAUCAAACCUGGAGAACAUGGUUCCACGUAUGGUGGUAAUCCUCUAGGAUGCCGAAUUGCUAUGGAAGCAAUGAAAGUGUUGGAAGAAGAAAAACUAGCAGACAAUGCGCAGAAACUUGGCGUGAUAUUGAGAGAAGAGUUGAAUAAAUUGCCGAAAGAUAUCGUAACUUUGUCAUUGAGAAGUUCCAUAGUUCCAGCAUCUCGGAAUGCAAAACAAGUAAAUCGAUUAAUCAGUACAAGACAACAGGAAAUAAUUAAACGAGAUGAACAGUAUGGUGGUCAUCAUUUCAAACCUUUGCCAGUGGUCUUAGUUAAAGGUGAAGGCGCUUUGCUAUGGGAUAUUGAUAACAAGAAAUACUAUGAUUUUCUCGCUGGUUUUGCAACUUGUAAUCAAGGUCAUUGUCAUCCACGAUUAGUUAAAGUAAUGAGAGAUCAAUGCGGUAAAUUACAUCAUGUAUCAAGAGCAUUUUUUACGGAUCUUCAUGGUGAACUUGGUGAAUAUUUAACACGACUAUUUCAAUUUGAUAGAUUCACCCCUAUGAAUACUGGAGUUGAAGCCGGAGAUUUAUCAGUAAAAUUAGCAAGACGUUGGGGAUAUCGUAAUAAAAAAAUUCCCAGUAAUAAAGCCACGGUAUUGUUUGCCAAGAAUAAUUUUUGGGGAAGAUCAAUAGCCGCUGCGUCGGCGUCAACUGAGCCCAUGUGCUUUACGGACUUUGGACCUUUUGUGCCGAAUUUUGAAAAAAUUCCUUAUGAUGAUUUGGGAGCUUUGGAAGAAGCAUUGAAAAAUAAUCCGCAUGUCUGCGCUUUUAUGAUGGAGCCUAUUCAAGGCGAGGCUGGAGUUAAAAUACCCCAAGAUGGUUAUUUGAAAGGUGUAAGGGACUUAUGUACGAAAUACAACGUUCUUUGGAUCGCUGAUGAAGUUCAAACAGGUCUUGGUAGAACUGGAUACAGAGUAGCUGUCGAUCAUGAGAAACAAAAGCCAGAUAUUUUAGUUCUAGGAAAAGCUCUUUCUGGUGGAAUGUAUCCGGUAUCUGGAGUACUUUCAUCUCAUGAAAUAAUUAUGAAUUUGGAUACCGGUAGCCAUGGCAGUACUUUUGGAGGAAGUCCAUUAGCUUGUGCAGUAGCUUUAGAGGCAAUAAAAAUUCUCGAAGAAGAAAAACUUGCUGACAACGCUGCACGACUUGGGAAAAUAGUAAAAGAGGAAUUGGAAAAAAUUCCUAAAGAUAUUGCGAGUGAAUUUAGAGGACGUGGACUGCUUAGUGGUCUUCAAAUCAAUAAAGAUUUCGCUAGUGGGUGGGACAUAUGUUUAAGACUGAGAGAUAAAGGCUUGUUAACGAGACCUGCUCAUGGACAAUUUCUAAGAAUUUCUCCGCCUCUUGUUAUCAAAGAAGAUCAACUGAGAGAAGGACUCGAUAUUAUUAAAACAACUUUACUCAAUUAUUAAAGAAUAUUAUUCUUUGUUGAAUUAUUUUUACUUUAUGUCUUUUAAUACAUUUCUGAAUUACGGCGGAAUAUUUGUGCAGUUAUAAACUCUUUUAAUACUGGAAAUAUUUUAAUGAUAUCUAUAAACUAAAGUAUCACGUGUUUUAUUAUUACAAAUUAUCAAUAUAUUUUUUUUCGGUUUUCAAUAUUAGUCGAUAGUCUUCUUUAUGCAAAAGUUUUAUUUACUUUACCCAUUUACUAUUAUAAUCUAUUAGAAAAUUCAACCGGACACUUUCCAUAGGAAACUAUAAGAAGCACUAAGGAAAAACCCUAGUACCUAAUCGGGUACUCGGUUUCUUACCUUAGUUGAGUUUUGUAAGAGCUUUUUAAGAAU